GGGUUCGGGUCGGGGGGCGGAGGGAAGAGCGGACGGGCGGGAGACGCCGGCGCCAGACGCGGAGGAAAGGAGCUGCUACUAGCCGCCCAGAGGCCGCCGAGCCAGCGACGCCUGAGCUAGUCGAGCCGCCGUCGCCGCGCCCCCAUGGCGGCCGCCAAGGACAGUCACGAGGACCAUGAUACUUCCACAGAGAACGCAGAUGAGUCCAACCAUGACCCCCAGUUCGAACCAAUAGUUUCUCUUCCUGAGCAAGAAAUUAAAACGCUGGAGGAAGAUGAAGAGGAACUUUUUAAAAUGCGUGCAAAGCUGUUCCGGUUCGCUUCAGAGAACGACCUCCCAGAGUGGAAGGAGCGAGGCACCGGGGAUGUGAAGCUGCUGAAGCAUAAGGAGAAAGGGACCAUCCGCCUCCUCAUGAGGAGGGACAAGACCUUGAAGAUCUGCGCCAACCACUACAUCACGCCGAUGAUGGAGCUGAAGCCGAAUGCUGGCAGUGACCGAGCCUGGGUCUGGAAUACCCACGCUGACUUCGCCGAUGAGUGCCCCAAGCCUGAGCUGCUCGCCAUCCGCUUCCUAAAUGCUGAGAAUGCACAAAAGUUCAAAACAAAGUUUGAAGAAUGCAGGAAAGAAAUUGAAGAGAGAGAAAAGAAAGGACCAGGCAAAAAUGAUAAUGCCGAAAAGGUGGCUGAGAAGCUGGAAGCCCUUUCAGUGAGGGAGGCCAGAGACGACGCUGAAGAGAAGUCUGAGGAGAAGCAGUGAAUCACUCUGUCGUUUUCCUUUCCUUUUCUUUUUAAAAAUUUGUCCUACCCUUUAAGGUUUGUUUUUAUUCUGUUUUUACAAGGGACUUUAUAAAGAACUGAAUUCCAA